UCUGAGUUUUGGAGAAGGGGGACCUGGUGUAAAUAAACACGAAUUUCACGUUUUACAGAUAACGACAGCGUUUGGGUGUUAGUGUUUAAGACUGGCUGGGGCCGCAGAGGGAAAAUGUCGAGCGACGGAAACAGAAAACAGUUCUGGAAAAGAAACGCAGCCAAGGUUCCUGGCAGCAUUCAACAUGUAUAUGGCGCACAACAUCCACCUUUCGACCCGCUCCUUCAUGCUAAUCUAAUUAAAGCAGGCAACAAGCCUACUCCGGCGACGCCAGGCAAGCCCAAAAAGGCGACCACCUUCCAGGAGUUUGAGAGCAUCACAAGUGACGCCUGGGAUGUCGGGGAUGAUGAUGAUGAGCUGCUGGCCAUGGCUGCACAAAAUCUUAACAUCGAGGUGGUUAUGGAGACGGCCAAUAAGGUGAUUGAGAAUCACAGCAAGCAGCAGGAGAGACAGAGGCUGGACGACACAACAGAGCUGGAACAUAGAGAAGAGGACACACAGGAGGAGGUAGCGGAGGAGGAAGAGGAGGACGAGGAGGACGAAGAGGACAGGGUGGAGGAGGGAGACGUAACCAGCCCAGAGGUGUCGUUUGCCUCCCAAAGCAGCCCUUAUACUGAUGGCCGCCUGGUGAAGUCCCACAGCGAAGCUCCAAUUGGGUCACCUAAAGAAGCAGCAGGUGAGUGCGCAGCCCUCCACAGACAGCGGUCUCUGCCCCACCGGCCACCCGUCAUCCCACUAGUGGCUCGCAUGGCUGACCAGAACACAUCUGGCACCCCAGCCAUGACUGAGAGAGAGGCGUCCCGUCUGGAUAAGUUCAAGCAGUUGCUGGCUGGGCCCAACACAGAUCUGGAGGAGCUACGGAAACUCAGCUGGUCCGGAAUCCCGCGACAGGUCCGACCGAUUACGUGGAAACUCCUUUCAGGUUACCUGCCAGCUAAUGCAGAGAGGAGAGAGAGCGUCCUACAGAGGAAGAGACAAGAAUAUUUUGGCUUCAUCCAGCAAUACUAUGACUCCCGCAAUGACGAACACCAUCAAGACACAUACAGACAGAUUCACAUUGACAUACCGAGAACUAAUCCUCUUAUUCCUCUUUUUCAACAAGCUUCUGUCCAAGAGAUUUUUGAGCGGAUCCUGUUCAUUUGGGCCAUCCGCCACCCGGCCAGCGGCUACGUGCAAGGCAUCAACGACCUGGUCACGCCGUUCUUCGUGGUCUACGUCUUUGAGUACAUCGAGGAGGAAGUAGAAAACUUUGACGUGUCCAGUCUCCAGGAAGAGGCUCUGAGGAACAUCGAGGCUGACAGUUUCUGGUGCAUGAGCAAACUGCUGGACGGCAUCCAGGACAACUAUACAUUUGCCCAGCCAGGCAUCCAGAGAAAAGUCAAGGCCCUGGAGGAGCUGGUCAGCAGGAUUGAUGAGUCUGUGCACCGCCACAUGCAGCACUACGAGGUGGAGUACCUGCAGUUUGCCUUCCGCUGGAUGAACAACCUCCUGAUGAGGGAGCUGCCACUACGCUGCACGAUCAGACUGUGGGACACCUUCCAGGCUGAACCAGAGGGCUUCUCCCAUUUCCACCUCUAUGUGUGUGCAGCCUUCCUGGUGAGGUGGAGGAAAGAGAUUCUAGAAGAGAGGGAUUUUCAGGGGCUAAUGAUCCUCCUGCAAAAUCUUCCCACAAUGCACUGGGGCAAUGAGGAAGUGAGUGUGCUGCUGGCCGAAGCCUACAGGUUGAAGUUUGCCUUUGCCGACGCGCCCAACCACUACAAGAGAUGAUAAGCGUGGCGCUCUGCAGCUGCUCCCCUCCUCCUCCUCCUCUUCCUCCUCCUCCUCUUAUUCCUCCUUUUCCUUCCCCACAGUCGUCUACUGAACUUAGAGGCCUCUUUUCCUACAAGGAAGGACCUUCCCUUUUCUUAACCUCCCUUUCCCAAAUUGCCCAACGGGCCUUUCAGCUACUAAGAGAUUCGAAUCAGCCAAUGACUGGGAGGACGUGUGGUGUAGCAUUCUAACAUGUUGAUGUGGAGCCUUUUCUUUUUUUUUUAAAUUAUUUUUUUCUCUGAUCAGCUCUGAAAUGUGCACUCCUGCAGUCCAGUGCAGAUCCCUCUUCUUCAUCGUCAAAGACCACACCACAACUUUGUGUCGGAGUUUGGUUCGCUCAAGCUGACACCUCAAAACUACGACCUCAGGCCUGAUGCAGGACCACGAGCCUUUGCUCAGCGCCGCCUGAGGUCUAGUCUGGCUCAGAAGAAUGUUCUUUCCUGCUUACUGUUAUUUCCAAUACCAUGGCAAUACAUUGUUCUUUGUUCCCCGUGGCAAAGAUGUGACCUUUUUUUUUUUUUUUUUUUUU